AUAAACUUUAUAAAUGUGAUGUUUGUGGAAAGGCAUUCAGGCAGCCACAGUAUUUAAAGAGCCAUAGGAGGACACAUACAGGUGAGAAAUCUUAUAAAUGUGAUAUGUGUGGAAAGGCUUUCAAACAGUUAGAAAAACUACAGAUACACAUGAGAACACAUACAGGUGAAAAACCUUAUAAAUGUGAUGUUUGUGAGAAGGCAUAUAAACAGUCAAAUCACCUACAUGAUCACAUGAGAAUACAUACAGGUGAUCAACCUUAUAAAUGUGAUGUGUGUGGAAAGGCAUUCAAAUGGACAAGUAACUUACGGAGACACAUAAGGACACAUACAGGUGAUAGACCUUAUAAGUGUGAUGUUUGUGAAAAGGCAUUCAAAGAGACAAGUGACUUAAGGAGACACAUGGGGACACAUACCGAUGAUAAACCUUAUAAAUGUGAUGUAUGUGAAAAGGCAUUCAAACAGACAAGUGACUUAAGGAGACACAUGGGGACACAUACCGAUGAUAAGUCUUAUAUAUGUGAUGUGUGUGGGAGGGCAUUUACUCGGUCAAGUACCUUUCAUGCGCACAUGAGGAAACACACUGGUGGAAAACCUUAUAGAUGUGCAUGUGAUGUGUGUGAAAAGGCAUUCAAACAGACAAGUAACUCACAAAGACACAUGAGGACACACACAAUUGUUAAACCUUUAAAAUGUGAUGUGUGUGGAAAAGCAUUUAACAAAUUAUAUGCUUUACAGACACACAAGAGGACACAUACAGGUGAUAAGCCUUUUAAAUGUGAUGUGUGUUGGAAAGCAUUCACUCAGGCAAGUACCUUACAGGAUCACAUGAGAAUACAAACAGGUGAUAGACCUUAUAUCUGUGAUGUAUGUGAAAAGGCAUUUAAACGGUUAAGUGACUUACAGAGACACAUGAGGACACAUACAGAUGAAAAACCUUAUAAAUGUGAUAUGUGUGGGAAGACAUUCAGCCAAUCACAAUAUUUAAAUAGACACAUGAGCACACAUUCAGGAAACCUACAGUCACACAUAAGGACGUACAGGGUGAGAAACCUUGUAGAUGUGAUAUCUGUGAUCAUGAUGUCAGAGGACAAGACAAUGCAGACACCACCACAUCAAAGAAACCAAGAAGCAGAGCUAGGGGAGGAGUGUAGUGAAAAGGAGCAGAUAUUUGGAAAUCCUGACCAUGUUACAGAAAAUGAAGAAGAAGAUAAUCAACAACAGAAAAUAUCACAGGUGGAACAAGUAAAUUUUUCAUCUCAUUUGCAUAUUCAAAAUGAUACUAAAAACUUCUCAGACUCGACUAUUAGUGUGAAUCAAACCGACGGUACGUUGGAACACGUUAAAAGUCUUAAAUGUGUUAUAAGUGAGAAAACUUUAAAUUGUUCUGAUCAUUUAGAAAGACACACGAGGACACACACAGGUGAUAAACUUCAUAAAUGUGAUGUGUGUGGGAAAACAUUCGGCAAAAAAAGUUACUUGUAUAGACACUCGAGGAUACACAUAGGGGAUAAAUAUCAUAAAUGUGAUGUGUGUGGCAAAGGGUUCCCUGAAAAAGCAGACUUACGAAGACACAUUAGGACACAUACAGGUGAAAAACCAUUUACCUGUGAUACGUGUGGGAGAGCAUUCUCCCGCUCAUGUAACUUACAGAUGCACAUAAGGAUACACACUGGUGAUCAACUUCAUGAAUGUGAUGUGUGUGGGAAGGCAUUCAACCAAUUAUGUAACUUGCGUAGACAUGUAGGUACCCAUUCGGAUGAUAAACUUUAUAAAUGUGAUGUCUGUGGGAAGGGAUACAACCAUACGCGUUCCUUACGCACACACAAAAAGACGCAUGCUUUUAAACAAUGUCAUAAAUGUGAUAUGUGUGAUGAGAAAUUCAAUCAAUUACAUGCCUUACACACACACAUGAGGACACAUGUAGGUGAGAAACAUUAUAAAUGUGAAGUGUGUGGAAAGGGAUUUAAUCAGCCGAGUACCUUACAAACUCAUAUGAGAAUUCAUACUGGUGAAAGGCCUUUUAAAUGCGAUGUGUGUGAAAAGACCUUCACAGUAUCAAGUGCUGUUAAGAUUCACAUGAGGACCCACACAGGCGAAAAGCCGUACAAAUGUGAUGUAUGUGGAAAGGAAUUUAACGUUUCCGGGAACUUUCACAAACACAAGAGGAUGCACACAAGUUAUCAACUUUUAUGUGUGUGAAGGAGUAGAAAGAUAUUGGGCUUUUGCGAGAAGCACCGACUUUUACAGUUGACAAAUACGGUUGAGCUAAAUAUUUAUAUCGUUAAAAAGGUUUCCUUACAUUGUCUGAGUGUAAUAUAUAGUAAGCCGUCCACUGUAAAAGUCAGUGCUUCUCGCUAUUGAGGAAUACACACACAGACACUAACAGUUGAUUGACCUUAUAAAUGUAAUGUAAUUUAAAAAAAAGAUUUUGUUGUAUUGCAGCAUUGUUUAAUAUAUACUAUCCUAAUGUGAAAAUUCUUGUCAAUUUAAAUUCUCUGUUUCCUGUGUCAUGUUUCACAAUUUCCAACAUUAUGACAAGUUUCAACUAAACUUGACACAAACAUAUACAAGUGAAGGUCGGAUUCAUAUUUGUU